CGCCUUUUCUUCUCGAUGAGCGGCUUCCUCAGCUGCAAAACCAGUGAUGCUUCAUAAAUCAUGUCCCACACAGGAUAACAGCGUCAGAAAAUGUGAACUUCUUCUUACCUUUCUGUCUGAUUUCAGUCCGCCGCAGCCUAACUCGUUCACCGCCUUGUUCGGGGUGGGGGCCAUGCUGCUGCUGGGCUCCGACUCUGGAGACGUUGGAACGGCUUGUCAGCGGGACAGAUGGCUCCUGCUGCGUCCGGGGGCCAACAAUGCCGCCAGAGAAGGUCGUUGGAGUGGCAUCCACCAGGCAUGUGCGAGGACACCACAGAACCGAGUCUGGUACCGAAGUCGAGCAAACAAGGCACAAUGGUGAAGAUAACUUUCCAGCCAGUUUCGGCGCAGAAGCCGGAGAAAGCGCGGGAGGAGACGGACGAGGAGAAAGUCGCUGUUCCUCAGAUUGACAGCUCCAAAGUUGCCCAGGAGAAGCCCUCAAAGCCGUUCCCCUUCCUCCUGUGCAGCCUGACCCUGGUUCCAUUGCUGCUCAUUUCUGGGGUUCUCCUGGCCGUGACCUGCUACAAGCUCUCCUCCAAGCCACAGCCGACCCCGGAAGACAGCAUGUUCCACUGCCGCGUGAUGUUUGAGGACUCUCUGUACAACCAGCUCAGAGGGCGACAUGAGCUUGAGGAGAACGUCGGCAUCUUCUUGGAGGACAACUAUGAGCACAUCAGCGUGCCCGUGCCCCGCUUUGGAGGAUGUGACCCCGCAGACAUCAUCCACGACUUCCAGCGGAGACUCACAGCGUACUACGACAUCUCUUUGGAAAAAUGCUACAUCACAGAGCUCAACACCACCUUGGUGAUGCCUCCACGCAGCCUGUGGGAGCUGCUCAUCAACAUCCAGCUGGGAACGUACCUUCCGCAGACUUACAUCAUCCACGAGGACAUGGUGGUGACGGGGAGGGUGAGGAACAUCCGGGCGCUGGGCCCGUACAUCCACCGGCUAUGCUACGGCAAAGAGACCUAUCGCCUCAAGCGCCAGCACCACCGUCGGCAGCGCCGGGAAGCUGAGGAGUGUCACAGCAUCCGUCACUUUGAAAACACGUUUGUGAUGGAGACCACCAUCUGCGACCGGCUCUGAGGCCUGAGGAGGAAGACGACUGGAAAUCAUACCUCUUUAAAAAUGCACUUUAUUACUGUUAACCCAACUGUUUUGUUCGGUUUGGACUUGUAUCGUUCACACUCGGAGUAGGAUGUCGUCCUCCUGUUUCGUUGUGAUUUUAAAUGUUGUUGAUUCACUUUGCACACUUGAAUAUUUGUUAUUUCUUCUGUUAGCAAAAUAUACCUCAUGUAGAUGAAAGGAAUGUAAAUAGUUCUGAUUGUUCAGAAGCAAUAUAGUUAUUUAUUUGAUUUUAUCUGACUUGUUUUGUGAACCACGUCUCCGACAUCAACGGCUUUAGACUGUACUCCGUAGCUUCAGGGGAACAGCAGGAACUCUGCUCCUUGGAAGGACAGCAGAGCUCCAACGCUUUGUACAUUAGAUACAUGACGGCUAAAGCUCACCGCCUCGCGCUCUUCCUUCCUAACAACGUAUUUCUCUGUCGCUAGCUGCUCCCCACUCACAUGAAACAGAGUCUGUCUUUUUUGCACAUGAGAUUUGUUCACAGUUCAUCGAAUGAGAUGACAUUUGUGUCUGUACAGUCGAUUCUUAUGAUACUCUGCUGCUCUCAGAAUAAACAU